UAUAAGUGGGGCGGCCCGGCCGCGCGGCGUGACAGUUCCGAACGGACCGUGUCAGCGCUCUGGGUGCGAGCCCCGCCCGCGAGGACACGGCGGCGGCUCCCGCACCCCCCCCCUCCCCGCUCACCAACUCGCAGCAGCAGCGGCUCCCCCAUGGCAGCGGCGCGAGCAGGGAAUCCCCGGGAACCGUCUCGCGCCGCCCCCCUCCUCCUCGCCCAACUUCUGCUGCCUCGCUGCUCCUGCUGCCAGGCGGCGGCGGCGGCUGCUGCGCCGCGGCGGGACCGCUGCUAGCACCGAGCCACCGCCUGCUCCAGCAGCAGGAGCCGGAGGGGAUUUGGCGGAGGGGGGCAGCCGGGCCCCCAGCCUCCCCGUUCGAGCUGUAAUUAAAGGAUAUUUGUCUUGCAAUUUUUUUUUUCAUAUUUUUGGUGCAACUUUUUUAUUCCCCCCCCUUUGAGCCUCUCCCCGAGCUGGACUCUCCGUCGGGCUCCCAGACCGAGCAGCCGCCCCUGACACUUUAAUGAGGCAGCCACCCGGCGAAUUUGACAUGGCUCUCAGCGGCACGCUGCUCCCCUCCAUCGCGACCUUCGCAGCGGGCACGGCGGGCAGGGAGAAAGCCCUGAGGCAGGCAGGUGCCAGCAAUCGCUGGAGGGAGGAGCUGUCCCAUCUCAAGCGGCUCCCGCCCGGGCUGACGGGGCGGCCCUACGAGCUGCCGGCCGAGCUGGAGACCCAGGCGAGCAGCGGCAGCCGCGGGGCCAGCCCGGCGCUCAUGGCCCGGAGGGAAGCGGAGGAGCUCAACGAGCUGCUGGACUUCGACUUCAUCCUCUCCAACUCGCUCAUCCACCAGGAGCCGGCGGCCGCCGCGGCCGUGGUGGUCUCAGCCGCCUCGCCCCCGGCCAGCGCCUGCCCCUCGGCGCCCGCCGCCAGCGCCUGCCACUUCACCUACCCGCUGCAGAGGGGGGAGCCCGGCCUCCUGUACGGCGCCGCCCGGGAGCCCGCCUCCGCCGCCCCCUUCAACCUGGCCGACAUCAACGACGUGUCCCCGUCCGGUGGAUUUGUAGCCGAGCUGAUGAGGCCGGAUUUGGACCCGGUUUACAUGCAGCAGCAGCAGCAGUCGCCUCUGGGCAGCCUGCAUGGGAAAUUUGUUGUGAAAGCCACGGUGAACAUGGGGGAAUAUAACCACAUCAGUGUUAGCGGCAAGAACAACCCGGCUGCUGCCUGCACGGACAGCCCCGGCGCCCCUUACGGCUCCCUCCCCAGGAUGUGCCAAAAAAUCAAGCAGGAGGCAGCCCCUUCUUGCACCAUUGCCCAGCCUCCUCCUGGCGCUAGCCAGCGAGCCCAGCAGCACGAGUUCCCCUUGGGGAGGCCGCUGCCCAGCAGGACUAACCCCUCUUUGGCUCCAGAGGAGAUGAUGAACAGCAGAGACUGCCAUCCUUCCUCCCAGGGGCUAAGUCACCUGUCAUUGCCCCCAGGCUACCACCCUGCCCCGGGCUACCCUCCUUUCCUGCCAGAGCAGCUCCCGCCAAGUGCACUACAGUAUCAAGGUCAGUCUAAGUGUCUAAAUGUUUCGGGAGAGCCUUUAAAUGUGCCUCCCUUGGUACAAGGGGUGAUGAUGCUGACUGCGCCCUCUUCACCUUUAGAGCUGAUGCCACCUGGGAGCUGUCUGCCAGAAGAAACCAAGCCGAAGAGGGGACGUAGGUCAUGGCCCAGGAAAAGGACCGCCACGCACACCUGCGACUAUGCGGGUUGCGGCAAAACCUACACCAAGAGCUCUCAUCUCAAGGCACAUCUUAGGACCCACACAGGAGAAAAACCAUACCACUGUGAUUGGGAGGGCUGUGGAUGGAAAUUUGCCCGCUCCGAUGAACUUACCCGUCACUACAGGAAACACACCGGCCACCGCCCUUUUCAGUGUCAGAGAUGUGACAGAGCAUUUUCCAGGUCAGAUCACCUAGCCUUACAUAUGAAGAGGCACUUUUAAUCAGAAGCAGUGGAUCUUUCCCAUACUGCCAUAAGAGAUUCAGUAUUUACAGCACAGACUGUCUUCCACACGAGGGAGGAGCCCAGCUAAAGCACUACAAGGAAUCAUGGUGAAGUCUUCCAAAGAGUGGAAAUAAAUAGAUAAUUAAAUGCAAAUGUUGGAACUCUUCUUUUUUUAAUUAUAAAUUAAAGAAAAACAUUGGGGUCAAUGACUGGAUCUUCUAUCAUUCCAUUUCUAAAUCCAACUUGAAUAUUUCUGGACUACAAAAUGCCAAGGAGUGACUGGAAGUCAAGGAUAUCAGGGUUAAAUAGACUGCUUGUUGGGUGGGAGGGGAGAUUACAUAGGGAGAUUACAUUCCCUUAAAUCUUGUUUCAAUGCAAUAUGAGAUGUAAAUGUCAUCUUGUCUUUUUUUCCUUCUAAAAGCCAUUACUAUGUUAAAAGAGGAGGAAGAAAUUCAGGUACAGAAUUGUUUAAAAGCCUAUUUCAUGGUGCUUAGUGACUGUUGGUUCUAAAGGUACCAAAAACAGGAAGCCAAAGUUCUCAAACUGCUGCAUAUCUGACAAGGAAAUAUUUUUGUCUUCCGAUCUACAAUUAUGACCUAAGUCAGGUAAAUAAACCUGAUUUAUUUCUUUUCUUUUUUUUCUUAAGAAAAAAACUUUAUGCAGACAGUCUGUAAUGCACUGUGGUUUCAAUGUGCAAUAAUUUGUACAAUGGCUUAUUCCCAAAUAUGCCUUAAGCAGAACAAAUGUUUUCUAUAUAGUUCUUUACAUAAUAAAUAUGUAAUAUAAAUUUAAACAAACGUCUAUUUUGUAUAUUUGUAAACUACAAAGUAAAAAUGAACAUUUUGUUGGAGUUCGUAUUUUGCAUAUUCAAGUUGAAAAUAAGUUUUAAAUAAACCUAUAAUAUUUUAUCUGAA